AUGGUUCUCACUACUCGCUACAAUGGUCUAAAAUGGCAGCUUCGUUCUUCGGACAACCGUGCAGCCCUACAGGUCAGAGCAGAACGUAUCCUAUUCCGUUUCGCACAGCGACAAUGCCCACCGUCUGCUAAAUUGCAAAAUCAACUCCAACUCUUCGUCUGUGAAAAAACACACCUCCGGAAAUCUCGAGGACGGAUUGACAACGCUCCUUUGCCGCUAGAGACGGGAACUCCCAUCUUCCUUCCCAGUAGAAAUCGCAUCACUGACCUCUUCGUCCUGCAUGUUCACUCCCAAAACAACCACUGCGACAUUAGUCACACCCUCACGGAAUUACGCCAACAAGUAUGGAUUCCCAAAGGCAGAACAACUGUGAAAAGGAUACUCAAGAACAUCUGCUUCUAUUGCAAAAGAUUCACUUCAAAACCGUACAAGCUGCCGCCGUUCCCGACGCAUCCUAUCAACAGAGUCACCCAACCGCAAUAUCCCUUCCAAAAUGCAGGGAUGGAUUUUUUUGGACCAAUGCUUUACCGAACUUCAGAUAAUGUGACCGAGAAAUACUGGAUCCUCCUUCUCACAUGCUUGAACACUCGAGCAAUUUACGUCGACGUAGCCUCAACAUGA